GACCAGCACAGAUGCGCAUCUGCCGUGGACGCGUAGCGCUGCAUGAAGCAACAGGCGGUAAAGCGCACGACGACCAAAGCCCUUGCUGAAAAUUAUUGCUGAACACAUUUGCCCUUCGGAUCAUGAGGAAACACACUCUGUCUAUAACUUUGUGAUUUGUCGGACUGGAUAGCACAGCACGCAAGACGCGCGCGGUGGAUGCCUUUACGCGCGGAGGCAGUUGUGUAAAUGUGCUCAAGUGGGGAGUAGAAAAUAGGGCGGUCAAAGUGUGACUGUAAACAGCGACCGUUUCACCCCUAUUCCUCAGCCCCUUCUGCGUCCUAUACACGUGUGAGACUUAGUGCAGCUCCCAGCUCUGGACACACAUGCUUGAAAAGAACUACGCGCACUUGAUGCCCGCUUUGGUGAUGCCAUGCCCCGGAACCACAGCGGAGACGAAGGCGGCACCGGGCUCUGGAUGAGGACAUCGCCGGGGCACCGUAGCGAAGGCUACGGCUUGAAAGAUGUGGAAUCCGAUCGGAAGAUGAUGAACAACGCCGGAGACGGGUUGCUCUCAGCCACCGCCGCAGCAGGUGCUGCCGGGUCCGACACUCUGCGGGGGAAGCAGGGAGCUCGGCUCAGCCUGCUGGGGAAGCCGCUCAUAUACAGCGCGCAGAGCGGCCGGAGGAAUGUGCGCUACCGGCGUCUCCAAAACUACCUGUACAACGUGCUGGAGAGACCGAGAACCUGGGCGUUCAUCUACCAUGCAUUUGUGUUCGUCCUGGUCUUCAGCUGCCUGGUCCUCUCUGUGUUCUCCACUAUCCCCGCUCAUCAGGACUUCUCCUCCUACUGUCUCCUCAUCCUGGAGUUUGUGAUGAUUGUGGUGUUUGGGUUGGAGUACAUCGUCCGUAUCUGGUCGGCAGGAUGCUGCUGUCGCUACAGAGGAUGGCAAGGACGCCUCCGCUUUGCCCGGAAGCCUUUCUGCGUCAUAGACAUCAUCGUUCUGAUAGCGUCGGUUGCCGUGGUGUCAGCUGGUAGCCAGGGCAACAUAUUCGCCACCUCAGUCCUGCGGAGCCUUCGUUUCCUGCAGAUCCUCCGCAUGGUGCGGAUGGAUCGUAGAGGAGGAACCUGGAAGCUGCUGGGCUCGGUGGUCUACGCACACAGCAAGGAGCUUGUAACAGCCUGGUACAUUGGAUUUUUGGUUCUCAUCUUCUCUUCUUUCCUCGUCUACCUUGUGGAAAACAAGUUCAACAAGGAAUUUGCCACCUACGCUGAUGCCCUGUGGUGGGGCACGAUCACCCUGACAACUAUUGGCUACGGGGACAAAACACCAAAGACAUGGACAGGACGGAUGCUGUCUGCAGGGUUCGCUCUCCUGGGCAUCUCCUUCUUUGCCUUGCCAGCUGGUAUUCUGGGCUCAGGUUUUGCCCUGAAGGUCCAGGAGCAGCACAGACAGAAGCACUUUGAGAAACGGAGAAACCCAGCAGCCUACCUCAUCCAGUGUGUUUGGCGUAGUUAUGCGGCUGAUGAGAACUCGGUUUCCAUUGCUACCUGGAAGCCUCACUUGAAGGCGUUGCAUACCUGCAGCCCUACAAAGAAGGAGCAGGGAGAGUCUACCACAAGUAAAAUUCUUAGUAAUAAACAGAAGCUACUGAGGAGGCGUACCACUUGGAAACAUAGUCAGAAGUUGAGCUUCAAGGAGCGUGUGAGGUUGGCGAGCCCCCGAGGUCAAAGCAUCAAGAACAGGCAAACGUCCUCAGUGAACGACAGGCGCUCGCCGGUGGCUGAGACCGGGACGGAGAGCACCAGCCCCGCGAAGGUGCAGAAGAGCUGGAGCUUCAACGACCGCACACGUUUCAGACCCUCACUCCGCCUUAAGAGCCAGUCCCGCUCCACCACUGAUGCAGAAUCCAACAUGGCCGGGGAGGAUGGCUUUGAUGAUAAGGGCUGUCACUGUGAGAUCUCAGUGGAGGACCUGCUCCCCUCAGUCAAGUGUGUCAUUAGAGCCGUCAGAAUAAUGAAGUUCCAUGUGGCCAAGAAGAAGUUUAAGGAGACGCUACGUCCUUAUGAUGUGAAAGAUGUGAUCGAGCAGUACUCUGCCGGUCACCUCGACAUGCUGUGUCGUAUCAAGAGCCUGCAGACCAGGCUGGACAUGAUAGUAGGCCCACAGACCCUGAGCAGCAGAGCCAAGACCUUUUCUGCCCCCUCCCUGCCUGUUUAUUACAGCCAGGGCAGAAAGAACUCCACACAGGGAGUGGACCAAAUCCUAGGGAGAGGCCAGAUCCCCCUGGAUAAGAAGAUUCGAGAGAAGCUGCUGUCUGAUGGAGAUAUUUUAGAGGAUAUGAGCAUGUUGGGUCGCGUCUGUAAAGUGGAGAGGCAGGUCCAAUCAAUUGAGUCAAAGCUCGACUCCCUGCUCGACAUCUAUCGUCAGGUUUUGCGUAAAGGUUCAUCUUCGGCCCUCACUCUCUCCUCUCUGCCACUGUUUGAGUUGGAGCAGACCUCUGACUACCACUCCCCCGUCUUCGGCAAGGAUCUGUCCUGCUCCACCCAGGUCAGCAGCAGCACCGGAGCGCCUCCUACUGGGGGCUGCGUCACACGCUCCUCCACCAACUCCCAACUCUCCAAGGGAGGACUCCAUCUUAUCCUAGCGCCGCCCAACGAGCUCAACCUCAAUCUCAAUGCCUCUUCCUCAACACCUCCCUCCAACCUCGCAUCUUCCUCUUUUAGCCCAUCGCCAUUGCCUCACCAACAUCCUCACCACCAUCAUCAUCCACAUUAUCCUCGCCGUCAUCACAGCCAGGCUCAAGCCACCACGCCUGAAAGUGGCACCGACGAGGCCGUGUGUAGCUCUUCACCGCUGCUCACCCCAAACAGUAUCAGCAGUGGAAGUGGCGGAGGAGUCGCCGACGGAGGGUUUCCUCUUCUGACGAGACUUCCACCGCCGCCCCCUCCCAGUCGAAGUGGCCAGCCCCUGGUGCCGCCAUCCCUGGGCUGCUGCUCUGGCCCCUACAAGAUGGACCGGGGCUUGGGCAAGUCCAUGUCGGUGCAGGACCUGAUGCAGGCAGCUCCCGGGACUGUCCAGCAGGACUCCCACCACAGCCACAGUCUGUCAUCUCCAAGCCCAAGUACAAGUAGUGAUUCCCCCAUUGGCUUCCACAGCUGCAGCCAAGACCCUGGAGGAGGAAGAGGGGGUGGUGGUGGUGGUGGUAAUAUAAGCAGAAGCGAUGGCGUUGUAUGGGGUGAGGAGGACCUCUUUAUCAGUGACAGGGAGAUAGAGACACAGGGAUUUGACUUUCUGUCCCUGGGGGCUGCUGAGACCCCCUCUUUUACCUUGGAGCUCCAGAGGACAGGGAGCAGAUCAGGGGCAGGGUCCCGUGGCUCAAACAGUAGCCUGGCCAGUGGCCAUGCCUCUCCACCCUCGACUGGCAGCUCCGAAUUGCUGAACAUGCCACACGUACGGCUAAAAUAAACUUGCCUACAGUCCGAAAAAGGCACAGAAAAUCUCACCUCACAAAGACGAUUUUAUCCUUUUUGGAGGGGGGAGGGUUGGUGUUUAACAAGGGGUCCAUUUAGUUUUCUUUAACGUUGAUUCAUUUGGUAAAAAUCACAGUAUUUUCAUACAGGUUGGUCAUAUCAUUGCACGAGUUAUUCUUUGUUUUCGAGUAUGAUUGACAAAUCGGGGAAAAGAAAGAUGAAGGCUUCUAUAAUGGACACGAAGUAGAAGUGAAACUUGGCUGUCAACCAAAUUUGGCCUGACAGACGAUUGGUUGUGUAAGACCUUGAGACGCAGCAUGAGAAUUGCAUGUUUUCAGUCAAAUGUACUGAGUUAAGCAAGAUAAGAGUUUUACACUCGACAAAAUGAAACAGCAUGGAGACUUUGAGUGUAUUCACAGGGUGGAUCAAACAGGCAUACAUAUGUUAAUGUGGUCAGAAUGCAUUAUUAAGACAUGAAUAUCAGACCAGCAUCUAUGAAGUCCAACAAGAGUAGCUUCUCCUACCUUUAUGCAAAAAAAACAACAACUUUGUAUUUCCACAACAGAAGCUAUGCGUCCAUUAAGAAUUCAUAGAAGUGUCACUCCCAUGGGCCCGGCUACAAGUCCAUGCUUGAUCGAUUGACUUUACCUUUUUGAUCACAUCAUGGAUUAUUUAAUAACUUUGCUUGGAUUAAGAAAGUUUGACAAAUGUAAAACGUAUAUGAAAUAAAGAGUCAUAAUUCAGUCUUAAAUGACCAUGUUGGUAGUGCAAAGGUUUCCUGUCUACAGUUUCAUCAAAGACUUGUAAAGAAUGCUCAUUUCUAUGGCGGUAGUUUUGGGUGAUUUAGGUCAAUCCCUGUACUCAUUGAGCCUCUCGAGGCAAGGGUAGAUAUGUCAGGGCCUUUGCUGUAGCUUUGAAACACUGAUAGUGAAUAUACCACAUGGAGACGUUUUCCCCCCUUCACUUGUAUAAGUCUGACUGUAAACUCGAGACACAUUGCUGCAGGAGUUGAACGACCGCAUUGUAAUCUGCACUCAAAGAUAUCUGUCUAUAGAGAUUGAUAAAAAGCAAAUUGGUGUCAAUUAAAAACCAAUGGUUACCGGGAUUGCAUUUUGGUCAAUGGCUAUUCCCUUUUCUCUUGACGAGCACUGUUUUUUCUCAAAACAACAAAAGCUGGAUGCAUGUUCACAUAUCUGUAAACUAUGAGCGGCUGCUGGGCCAAACGUGAAAGCACGGCUGGGUAUUGUUCAUGUCUUAAUAAUCCAAUCACAUGACGGGCUUCUACACUGAAGUGAAUGUUACCUCACUGUAGCCAAACUUUACAUCGUCCAGUCUAGUCACUAUUUUAAUUUAAUUUUCUUCACAUUCUUCAUUAAAAGAAACCAGAUAACCUCUUGAAGUUUAGAUUCUGAAUAAAAUAAAUAAUUGCUUUCCUCUACCAAUGA